AUGUCUGCGAAACUGUCUACUUUCCCCAUGGCUCAGCUACAGUCUUCUUUGCUGAAGAAUACCCCGGACCAAGUUCCGCCAACCGAGGAGCUUGAGAUCCUCCACGCGGAACUCAAGGUAAUGAAGCAGAAAACUCUCGAGCGAGCCAAGAAGGCCGGCGAGGAUCUCAAAACCAUUGAGGCUUCCUUUCGUCGGAUGAAGGAGAGGGAAAAAGGUAAAGCAAAGGCCGUCGACAAAAUUAAACGCGAACGCGACUGUACGUGUAUUUUUUCCGGAUGA